AUGCACCCACGAGCUCUUGUCUUAGCCUCUGUUGUGGCCUGUAGCCAAGCCUUGGAUACAAUCCAAUAUGGCGCAUUCAUAGCUACAGCUACCUACUCAGUCGCCAAUCAAUUGGGCUUCUUCACUGAGAACGGCCUCGAGGUCAUUUACAACCAGGUUCCUAAUAGCACGGCGGCUUUCGCUUCCAUCCUCGACGGCGAAUACGAUAUUCUGACCGCGACGGUUGAUAAUGCCCUCAACUACCGCUUCAACCAGAACCAGAACGUCACGGUGAUUGGCCAAUUAGACCAGGGCCCAGAUCUUGUCCUUGCCUCGAUACCUUCCAUUACCAGCGUCGAGCAGCUCAAAGGCAAGCCUAUCAUUGUCGAUUCACCUGUCAGUGGCUAUGCGUACCUGCUCCAGGAUGUGCUAUCAGCCUACGGAUUGUCGCUCGCCAACGGUGACUAUUACUUUAUGACUGUCGGUGGAACUCCUCAGAGAUACUCGGCUCUAAUCAACGAAGCUCUUCCAAACGGCACCGCUGUGUACGCCACGAUCCUCACGUAUCCCUUCACUGUUGAAGGCGAAGCUCUACCAACUGGAGAGACACCCAAUGUUCUUGCUCGAAUCUCCGAAGUUGUUAAGCCGGUAACAUCAAGCGCGUUUACCAUUCGCGAGUCCUCCCUGAGCAACAAGACCGAAACCGCCCUUUUGACCCGAUUCAUGACCACUAUGCACGCUGCGAACAAGUUUUUGUUAAACCCCAAGAACAAGGCGUGCUCCAUCCAGGCUCUUUCCAAACAACUGGGCGUCUCACAGGCCGUUGCCACACAAGAAUAUGCUUCCGCAACCAAUCCUGUCUCUGGUGAGAUCUCGCCACCUCUCAACGAUUUUACCGUCAACCAGACCGGCAUCAUGAACGACGUUGUUGUCAGGGACAAGUUCGGGGGGUUCACCGUCCCAUCAGGGUUCAAUUUUACGGAAGCCUUGAUUCCAGGUACUGGCAAGCUCAUUGAUUAUUCUGUCAAGAAAGCUGCCGUCGCCGAAUACCAUAGGCAUCACUUGAACGGCAAUUGCACCACGAUAUAA